GCCUCUGCAGAGGCUCCUGUAAACCGGGAGAUUGCUGGGGCGCCGGCGUGCGCGGCGUCACUGAGCUGCGCCAGCGGUGCGGUGGAGCUGGGCACCUGUCCUGCGAUCUCCGAAGCUCGAUCGUUUCCAUAGCGGCGGUGGACCCCGCUCCCAUGUCCUAGGUGCUUCCAGCACCCCGGACCCGCCACGCCCAUGGCCACUAGCCUGAGGAGUCCCUCUUUCACCCAGUGUUCUUCGUCCCCCAGCAGCACAGACGACGAGGGCGUGCGUGGCACUUGCGAAGAUGCUUCUCUAUGCAAGAGGUUUGCAGUAAGCAUUGGCUACUGGCAUGACCCUUACAUCCAGCAUUUUGUGAGACUGUCUGCAGAGAGGAAGGCCCCCGAAAUUAACAGAGGAUAUUUUGCUCGAGUCCAUGGUGUUAACCAACUUAUAAAGGCAUUUCUACAGAAAACAGAAUGUCAUUGUCAGAUUCUAAACCUUGGGGCUGGGAUGGAUACGACCUUCUGGAAAUUAAAGGAUGAAGAUCUUCUCCCAAGUAAAUAUUUUGAAGUCGACUUCCCAAUGAUAGUCACAAGAAAGUUGCACAGCAUCAAAUCCAAGCCUCUCCUAUUUAAACCCAUUGUAGAAUUACAUUCAAAGGACACACUUCAAAUAGAUGGACACAUGUUGGAUUCAAAGAGAUUUGCCAUUAUUGGAGCAGAUCUCCGAGAUUUACAUGAACUGGAAGAGAAACUAAAGAAAUGUAACAUGAAUACACAAUUGCCAACACUCCUGAUAACUGAAUGUGUGCUGGUUUACAUGACUCCGGAGCAGUCGGCAAACCUUCUCAAAUGGGCAGCCAGCAGUUUUGACACUGCCAUGUUCAUAAACUACGAACAGGUGAACAUGGAUGAUCGGUUUGGGCAGAUCAUGAUUGAAAACCUGCGGAGACGACAGUGUGACCUGGCGGGAGUAGAAACCUGCAAGUCGUUAGAGUCCCAGAAAGAACGACUCCUGUCCAGCGGGUGGGAAACAGCAUCCGCAGUGAACAUGAUGGAAUUGUACGGCAGGAUACCGCAAGCUGAAGUGAGCAGGAUCGAGUCACUUGAAUUCCUGGAUGAAAUGGAGCUCCUUGAGCAGCUUAUGCAGCAUUACUGCCUGUGUUGGGCAACCAAAGGAGGAAGCAAGCUCGGCUUGAAGGAAAUCACUUACUGAUCUGUUGAAGGCUCCUACUGAGCCAGAAGCUGAAGCCACUGACCUUCCCAGAGUUGAUAAGCAAAGGUUCCUGAGUGCUGCCAGGCCUUGCCUACGAGUCUCACCCCACACUCGAGAGCCCUCCGUUACUAGGGUCAUCGCACCACUUCCUGUUCCUAUUGACUUAUCGUUUAAAUAAAUCUCAGUUGCCAGUGUUUGGUCCAC